UUUCAUCCACUUUAACGCACGGAAAGUCGACCGUUAAACUUGAAUUUGCUCUGCAGGCUCCAACGGUCUUCUUUUUCUUCUCUUUUUUUUUCUCUACUAUCGCUCGCCGAGAAUUCGUUAACUUCUUCCUCUUCUUCUUGAUCUAACUGUAAUUUCAUAAUGGGCACGGGAAGAAGGCCUAAAGCUCCCUCGGAUCGUCAAAAUUGGCAAAAAAUAUUUAACGCUUUGGUGGAGAUGUUGCAGACCCAGCAGACUCAACUUGAGGGGCUCGCCAAAGAGCGCAAACUCCUCGAAGAUCGUAUCACAAUGCAACACGACCGAUGGGUCUGCGAUGUUCGCCUCUUGGAAGACCAAAUUUCUCAGGUGAAGGGGGAUUUGUUAGUUCAUGAUAUGGCAGGCUCGCUUGAAGUGGCUAAGGCUGAAUUGGUUAUGGGUUUGAAGCAAAGGGAGGUGCAUAUUGACAAACUAAGAUUAGAGUAUGCACACACUGAGUUGGAAGAUUUUAAGGUGUUGUUUAAAUUGAAGUGUUCUGAGCCAAAGAGCGGAGUAAGAGAUAGAAAUACAAGGUCUUUGACAAGUAGUAAAAGUGAAGAACAUCGAUCUGAAAAGCUGGAAAGUGAAGCAAGAAGAUUAAAGCAGGACUAUGAUAAACUUUCUUUGGAAAAAGAAUCUGAGGUAUCUGCACUCUUGGCAGAGAAGACAUUCGUGUGGAAUCAGUACAAAAUUUUGGAGACAAAUUUAAGGAGUAAGAGUUCUGAAAUUGAACAAGCAGAUGAGAAAUUAAGGAAGCUUAUAUCAGGUAUGGAGCAAUUACAGUCAUCUAAUAAUGAAAAGGAUGACUGUAUUGCCAGAUUAACAAGUCAAUUAACUAAAAUGAAGGAAGAGUCUAAUAAGUUAAAGGCAGAAACUGGAAGACUCUCAAAAGAAGUAGAUCUUCUGAGAAAGUCUAGAAGUGCUUCAAUUACACCUGUUUUAACUCGUUGCACAACUAGAACAAAAACGUCUAGUUUGCGGGGCAAGAACAGUGCUACUGAUUCUACGGAGGUCUCUGAAAAGGGUGGCAGAAGAUCAAAGAGAAAGGCAGAUGAUGAUGAUGUCGUACUCACGUCGGAGACUCCAAAACUGUUCUCAGCCAACUUUAAAGUUCCCAAGUUGAAGAACUCACAUCCUUUGUGAGGUUAUAAAUUAUGUAUUUGGAUUUAGUUAUAGAGUAGGGACCUCACAUAAUUGGUCACAUCCUUUAUACUACUGUGUGAUUCUCAUGUAAAUUAUGUAUUUGGAUUUAGUUAUAGAGUAGGGACCAAUUAUUUUGUUAAAAACAUUUGUUUUGGGAAUGGGGUGGUUUUUGUAUGAUUAUAAUUUUUUAGAUGUGUCAAGACUGUUGUGAUAUUGUAACAUAUUAUUAUUAUUA